AUGGACUUGCCACGAGCUUUGAGCUUAUACCAGACCAGUACUGGUCUUGUGGGCGAGUCCGAGUGUUUCCCCGAUCCGUUUCCAACUCUAUCGCCAACUAUCAUACGCGAGGCUUGUCUCGUUUUGCCUUUUCCACGCAAUUUUGACUUUGUUCAUCGCCCAGAUAUAGACACAGAGCUGAGGGACUGUAUACGUCAGGCACGCGACAACAAUCGCGGAGUCGCUCUUUGGGGCGUUAGUGGGUCAGGCAAAACACAGAUCGCACUCGAGUACGCCUACACUCGACGUAAGGAUCCUUCGUGUGCUGUUUUCUGGAUCCACGCCGCCAACAAAAACACCUUCCUCCGUGACUUCAAGAUAAUCGGGCGAAAAUUAGGGUUGAGUGAUGAUCUUCGAGAUGAAGAGCUGCUCAAGGCAAUUCGCGAGGGCAUCGAAGCAGAGCCACAGUGGCUGGUCGUUCUUGAUGGUGCCGACAACCUGGCAGCAUUUGAUAUUGACAUAUGGUCAAACACUUCGCAUGUUUCAGACAGGCUACUGGAUUAUAUCCCAUGCAGUCGAACAGGAUCAGUUAUCUGGACCAGUUGUGAUAAGAUGAUCUUGGACAUCGUUGGAGGUGGAACAAAUGCAAUUUUACUGCGCCAGAUGACGCCUGGUGAGGCGUGCAUGCUUUUCGAAAUCGCACGAAAUCAAGAAACCAAAACGACAGAUGCCACUCACCUCGAAGUACUUCUAAACGAGCUGGAUUGGCUUCCACUAGCAAUAUUUCAGGCAGGAUGUUUCUUAGGCAAGACAGCAACAUCUAUUGACGACUAUCUAUCAGAGCUUGCCCACCUAGCCUGGUGUUCUAAAGUGGUUAACGAUUAUGCUACCUGGUCAGAAUCCUACCUUUCUAGUAACCUUCUGAGAGUUUGGAUCAUCUCAACUAGAUACAUCUACCAGCACAGUGAGGUUGCAUACGCUAUACUGCAUACUCUCGCCUACUUUUCUAGCCAGGAUAUAGCAUCAGAACUGGUUGAAGCAGCCGUCUCGAACAAUCUAUCCCGAAAAGGGGACAACCCUUCCACAAGGUCGCAGGAAAUCGAGACGGCUGUAGUUCUCCUCCGGGAAGUUUCUUUCAUGCGAUCAAGUAUGAAUGAACUGGGCGAGCUCAGAUACAGCAUUCAUAAAACCACACAGGAAGCAGCUCGGAUCGCUUCAGCCACUGUAAUAAACAUUUUGAAAACAAGUAUCACGCAGGGAUCGAAUCCGAACCUACAAGUUACUAGUUCUAUUGGCAGCGAUCAGAGCCUUAACAGUUUUGCGCCUGAAAGUAAUAACAGCCCAUUCUUUCACACAGCUAUAAAGAUUGUAACAAACCCCAUACAUGAUAAUGCACGAAGGUCGAUAAACCGAUACGGUCACUAUUUGAUCCAUACACUACAACUUUCUUAUACAGCGGAGAAGCAAGGAAGAAAGCGGGAGGCAGCAGAGCUUUUCAUGCUUCUUUCAGGCUACUUUUCUAAACAACAAGCAUGGAGAGACAUGGAGACAGUAGUGAGAAAGUCACUUGAACUCAGAACCGAGGUGCUCGGUGAAAAGCACACCGACACACUUUGGAGUUUCGGAACCCUGGCAUCGUCACUUUAUGCGCAAGCACGAUAUAAGGAAGCUGCCGAGAUGUUCAGUCAUUCAUGGGCGCUACGGCAUGAAGUGCUGGGAGCCAUACACCCACAUACAAUUUGGAGUAUGAGUUUCCUCGCUAUUGCAUACGGUAUGCAAGGCCAGUAUAGAGAGGCUGAAAGCAUCUUUGUCCCUCUACUGGCUUUAAAGCAGGAGUUACUAGGGAAAAGGCAUCUGGACACCAUGGCUACUAUGUGCAAUCUAGCCGUAACGUAUUAUGGGCUGUGUCGUUAUGAUGAGACUGAAGAGAUGUUAAAUUUUGUUUUGGCAUUUCGUGUGGAGGUUUUAGGGGGUAACCAUCCGGAAACCUCUCGGGCCAGGCAUAAUCUCUCUGUCGUGCGACAGACUAGAGUGGCAUUGGCCUCCCGCUUGUCGUAA